CCAAGCAAGCUUUUACGCGACGCGCGCGCGUAGCGAGGAUCAGUGGUGCUCUGCGCAGCGUUCGAGGCCUUACUGAUCCUUCCGCAGCCGUCGUCCAAGUUCUGCGAAGGCUAGAGCACGGCAAAGCUGAGCACCACCUCCAAGCCAUCGACGCGAUAUCUCCAUUGUCUGCUCGAUAGCGUUGCGCAAAAUAAGAUGUCGACGGCCUCCGACGAGCCGCCGGCCCCGCCCCGCCUGCCGCGCGCCGUAUCACAAGCGACCGCGCCGCCGCGCGCGUGGCCGGCGACGCACGUCGCGCGCUGCGCCUUGAAAAGGGGCGACCGGCGCGUCUACUUCGCGAGUGUCGAGGGCGAGAUCUGGAGGUAUGAUGUGUUGAAGGACGCGUGUGACGCGUGCUGGACGUCCGGGCGUAUCGUACUAGCGUUAGCACAUCGCGGGGACGUGUGUCUGGCCCUGGAGCGCCACGCCACGGAGAUCUAUCUCGCGGCCUACGACUGCGCACGUUCAAGAAUAGUGGGACGGCAAAGAAGAGUCGGGACCGGCAGCGACGGAUCCUUAGAUUGCACCGACAAUUACACCUUAGUAAGUGUGGGACGCGACGUCGCUUUAUACAAGAACAGCGAACCCUGCUGGCGCGUCCGCAAUUUAGGAGAUGUCCUGACGGUGGCCUUGUCGUCGCGCGGCGCCGCCGUCGCGUGCCGCGAGGGCGCUUGGCUUAUCGAGCGUUCAAAUCCUAAGAAUGCGCGCGUCCUCGACUCGAGCACGGGCGACGCAUCCAUCGUCGCGACGGACGCAGUGAUCGUGCUCGCGCGUCAUCGGACGCUGACGUUGUUCUCGGGGGACGGUUCGAAGCGGCUCCACGUGUUCGAGCUCGGCGCGCCGCUAGCAACGGCUUCCGUGAAGCUGGCCUUCGGACGGGACGGCGCUCUACUUACAUUAACGUGGAGGAGUCUGGAAGUCCGAAGAGACGGGGCCUUACAAACGAGCGAGACGGCGCCGCCGUCCACACCGCAGGAGCAGCAACAUGUCUUGCUGCGCCGAUUAGUUAAAAGAGUGACAAUUGGUGUGCCCGACGAGUUCGGUUCCGCACUCCUACCUCCUGACGACGCGGGACACCACUGGCCCGACGCGACGCGUGUCGACGACUUCGACGAAAUGGGCGACGACUUUAGCGACGAGGACCACGUCGACGACGUCACGUCCACGGAAUCGGUCCUGGAUGACGUGCGGCGGCAGCGCGUGAAGUGCCGGAGGGCCCAGACGGCAACGCAACAGGAGCCGCGGCUUAGAUAUAGAUCCGUGCUCCAGGACGAUUUUAGACCGGGCCGCGGCAACGCCCUGCAGGCCUGCGUCGCGUCGUUAUUUGGCUUGGAGCUCCAGGACGUCCCGAACUUCGUCACUUUACCGGAAGGCUACGAGGCCUCGAUCCGAGCCUUCUGCGACGUGCGGCGCGUCGCGUUCGAAAAGUUUUCCGUGAUGGACAUCCCCGAGGCUUAUGACGGGCGCAUGUGCAUCUUGCGGGGCAAGUCGCCGCGGGGCGACUUCGGGCACGUCGUCGUGGCGCGCUUCGUGGGCAGCUGCGACACGUCUUUACAUAAAAUGCUCCUGACGGACGCCGGGGCGUUUCGGCUGGUCCACGACCCGCACCCGUCGUCGGAGUUCCUCGACGAGGGCGAGGCGUGCGCGUGGGCCAUGUUCUUUUCGGAACAGAACUAAUGGCCGCCGACGCCCGAAGCGGAGGCUUUUGCCGGUGGCGCUGAAAAUUUAUACCUAAU